CAGAGGAUUUGCAGGUUUUUAAAUUUCUCUGAUUUCAAACCUACUAUAUAUGUUAAGCACUAUGGAACUAGAGGAGCAAAUUACAGAACCUGUUAGUCCUAUGGGGCAAUACUUCAACAGCUCUGUGCUGCGCAUAUACAUAAUUGGAGUUUUGGAAUUUGAAGUUCCCAUACAUGACUUGCAAACCAUGUCUCUUCUUCAACAUGUUUUCCUUCCUAUCAAUCCACGCUUCUCUUCCAUCAUGAAUCAAGAGAAAAAUGGAGAGAAAAGUUGGAAGCAAGUUGAAGUAAACUUGAAAGACCAUGUUAAAACCCCUAUAUUCCCUGAAGGCAAAACAGUGGAAUACUAUGACAAGUUUUUUCUUGAUUAUUUGUCAACCAUAUCAGUGGAGCAACUACCACAAGAGAGACCAUUAUGGCAAAUUCAUAUGAUCAAUUAUCCUACAAAUAAUGCAUCAGGCACAGUAAUCUUUAAGCUUCACCAUGCACUUGGAGAUGGAUACUCUCUCAUGGGUGCACUUCUUUCUUGUUUACAAAGAGUGGAUGAUCCUUCUCUCCCUUUGUCAUUUCCCUCUCUCAAACCAUCAAAAACAGAGUCUUUAAGCAAAAGAAGGUUUUCUUGGAUGUUGUCCUCUGCUUUCAACACUGCUUCAGAUUUUGCGUGGAGUGUUGUGAAGAGUAGCAUCCUUAAUGAUGAUAAGACACCAAUAAGAGCAGGAGAUGAAGGAUCGGAUUUUCAACCAAUUUCUAUAUCAAACUUGGCAUUCUCCAUUGACCAAAUCAAGGACAUCAAGUCCAAACUUGGAGUGACUGUAAACGACGUGGUCACUGGAAUUGUGCUUUAUGGAACUCGUUUAUACAUGCAAGACAUGGACUCCAAAUCAAAGACAUCAAACUCCACAGCAUUGGUAUUGCUAAACACAAGAAACAUUGAAGGUUACCAGUCAAUUGGAGACAUGCUCAACACCAAAACCGGUGGUCCAUGGGGCAAUAAAAUUUCCUUCUUGCAUGUACCAAUUCCAAAAUUAAGUGAAACCAGAAUUUCAAACCCUCUAGAAUUCAUUCGGGAGACACAUAACAUCAUCAAAAGGAAGAAGCAAUCUUUAGCUGUUGCACUCACCGGGACACUUUUGGACAUAGAAGGAAAAUUUAGGGGACAAGAGAAAGUAGCUAAACACCUACGUGGGACACUAACGAAGUCAAGUGCAGUGAUAUCCACCUUGGUUGGGCCGGUACAACAAAUGUCUUUGGCUAAUCAUCCUGUGAAAGGCUUGUACUUCACAUUGGCUGGUGGACCAGAGAGUCUUGUCAUUUCAAUGAUGAGCUAUAUGGGAGUGAUAAGAGUUACCCUCAAAACGGAAAAAGACUUCAUAGAUGAACAAAAAUUGAAGUCAUGCAUUCAAGGUGCAUUUGAGACAAUACUCAAAGCAACAAGGGAAAUUCCUGUAGAAACCAAAUAAACAUUAGUGUGCUUCUCACCAAUGAGAAUAUUUUUUUUUUACAUGCAGUAAGAAGUUAAACAUCAUGUAUUUUAUUUGGAUCCUCAGAAUUGUUUAUUACAAUCUUUUUAUAAUUUUCGCCACUAUUUCUUAAUGCCU